AACCCAACACCGCGUCGUCCUUUUAACACCUGCCACUGCAUAGACAAGUCCAAACAUAGCCAUUUCGAAUUUGUCAAACAUGCGAACAAUCCGCCCAACAUCCGCGCGCAGACUCCGCGCAUCUCUCACCUCCGAACCAUCCAUCUCGCCGUUCCGCGCGCAGCAUCGCGCAACACCAUGCCUCCUCUGCGCGCACCGUAUACCACCCCAAAUUCCAGCGCAUCGCUUUCAAUCAACAUCAGCUGGUUCAAAUACUCGAGAAACCCCCUUUGACGCGCAAACAUCACCGCUGCAACAGUCUUCACAACCCCAAACACACUACGCCUUCUUCCCUAACUCCGUACCGACGGGCCCUCCUCCAGAAGGACAUUUCACCAUAGACCUAAACGCCCUGAAGAAAGAGUUCUUACAACUCCAAGCGCGCGCACAUCCCGACCUGCACCCGCAAGCCAACAAGAAGCGCGCCGAAGCCCUCUCCUCGCGAAUAAACGAAGCCUACAAGACGCUACAAGACCCGUUGCGGCGGGCACAGUACGUGCUGAGCUUGAGGGGGAUUGAGGUAGCGGAGGAUGAGACUGCAAAGGUGGAGGACCCUGAACUCCUGAUGGAGGUGCUAGAGGCCCGGGAACAAAUUGAGGAAGCGGAGAAAGAGGAGGAUUUGGUGGAAAUGAAGACUGUCAAUGAAGAGAGGAUAGCGGAAAGUACGAAGGUGCUAGAACAGGCGUUCCGGGAGGAUGAUCUCCAAACGGCAAAGAGCGAGACUGUGAAGCUGAGAUAUUGGAUCAAUAUCAGGGAGAGCAUACAUUCAUGGGAGAAGGGUGUGCCGGUCGUGUUGCAGCAUUGAUAGAAUGGGAGGUGUUGAACUUUAUGACAGAUGGCCUUCUUAAUGGCGUUUUAGUAUCCGAAUCCGUAUUUAUUAUGAUUCGUAAUGAGAGCUAUUUUAAUACUCAAUAGGAUAGCUUCAGCAUCACACUUAAGUAGUUGCUUGUUAUCAGAAAAAGACGCGCUUCAGGCUCUACCACCCCCACC